AUGCGCCUGGACGACGAUGCCUCGGACACCCCACAUUCAUCCCCACACAAAUUCGCAAACGGUUCCUCACGCUCUUCUGGGCCCAAGUCGCCCCUGCCCAGGUCAUCGAAUGGAACGUCGCAUAGCCGAGGCGAAAGCAAUGGGUCGCAUACCAAUGGGGGUCCGGUAGCCAACGGUGGCCUGCUAUCCUCGACCUUUUUCGGCCACGACAGGGAAGAAGUCACACGCAUCCUCAUACAAAGUCUCACCGACUUGGGAUAUCAUAACGCAGCGGGAGCGCUGUGUAAAGAAAGUGGCUGUCAGCUCGAGGGUCCGACGGUCGCCUCCUUUCGGAACGCGGUGUUGAGUGGCGACUGGCAGGUUGCGGAAGAGUUGUUAUUCGGCACAGAAGCAUUUGACAGUGGAGGGGGGGUCGGUCUGCAUGUGUCGUAUGGCAAGUCGUGGGGCAAGGCGCGGUCACGGCCCAGUUCGCAGCAUAUUGAGGGUCUGACGCUGGCCGAGGGCGCGAAUCGCGAGGAGAUGCUGUUUUGGAUGAAACAGCAAAAGUAUCUCGAGUUGCUGGAGCGGAGAGAGUUGAGCAAGGCGCUGGUGGUGCUGAGGCAGGAGCUUACACCGCUGCACCAAGAUGUUAGCAGGUUGCACGCUCUCUCGAGUCUUAUGAUGUGUCCAUCUGCCGAGGACCUGAGACAACAAGCCCAAUGGGACGGUGCUCAGGGCGAGUCGCGGAUGCACUUGCUCUCUGAACUGUCAAAAUCAAUAUCACCAAGCGUUAUGAUCCCAGAACAUCGAUUAGCCGUCCUUUUAGAUGAAGUCAAGGAAAGCUGGAUCGAAAAUUGUCAAUAUCACAACACGGCGGCAUCCCCGUCGCUUUACUUGGAUCACAACUGCGAGAGGGACGACUUUCCCACAAAGGCUGUCCUUGAUCUGAAGCAUCACACCGACGAAGUAUGGUUUCUGCAAUACUCCAACGACGGUUCCAUGCUUGCGUCGACGAGCAAGGACACGACGAUUAUCAUUUAUGAGACUACGACGUACAAGGUCAUCCAUCAGCUUGACCAACAUGACAAGUCAGGCGUCACACAUCUCGCCUGGAGUCCAGAUGAUCGACUCAUCAUCACAUGUUGUUCGCAGCCUGAGAACGCUGCGCGGAUAUGGGACAUCAAAACUGGCACCUGUAUACAACACUUCAACGAAUUCACCUAUCCCUGCACGACUGCCGCCUGGGCACCCAACGGCAAGCACGUCAUCAUCGGCUCUCAAGACGACAAAUACGGCUGUAGCAUCUGGUCCCUCCACGGCUCGCUCCUGCACAAUUUCUGCACCCCCGGCAGCAAGCUGCGCGCCAACGACCUGGCCAUUUCGCCCAACGGCGAGCGCCUCGUCGUCGUGGCCGAGAACUCGAUUGUCGUGUUUGACUUUGCGACGUAUGAGAAGUUGUGCGAGUGGCAGAUUGACGAUGUCAAGUUGACAAGUGUGACGAUUAGCCAGGACUCGCGGCACAUGUUGGUCAGCAUGGAUCAGGACAAGAUUCGGCUCAUGGAGAUUGAGAGUGGGGAGGUGAUUCAGCGGUUUAGUGGGCAUGCGCAGCGGCAGUUUAUUAUUCGCUCGGCGUUUGGCGGGGCGGAUGAGAAUUUUGUGGUUAGUGGGAGUGAGGACUCGAGAAUAUACAUAUGGCGCUCUAACGGUCUGCUGAUCGAAGCCCUCGAUGCCCACCCGGGCUGCGUCAACAGCGUGGCCUGGCAUCCCACCGAUCCCUCUACUUUUGCCUCUGCGGGCGAUGACUCGAGGGUCAAGAUUUGGAGACCGGUGAAUGCACCGCCGUUUCCUGGUGCGGGUGCUGGCGGUGCUGGUGCUGGUAGUGGUGGUGCUGCUGGGGGACCGAGUAAUGGGUAUGCGAUGUAA